AUGUCGCAAGUGAAGAUUGCACUUCAGCCACCUCCAAAUGUCGAUUUUGUCGUUGGCUAUCCCGGCAUACCACCGGCUGCGAAAGAUCGUCCUCAAGCAGCAGUCAAAGGUGCUGUUGAGGUGCGCGUGGGGCCUCAGGGCGCCAAAGCAAAAUGGGUCCGGGUCGAGCUCAAGAAGAUAGAGACACUCCCUGGCGGUGGCCAGACAAACUCUUACUUCGACUUUGUCGGCUCAAGUCCGAUAAAUCUAUGGCAGUCAAGCGAUGAAUACGGGUUACUGGAGUCACAAGACCUCCCAUUUCAUAUCCGUAUACCCGAGUCCAUUCCGCCAAGCAUUGCUCUUGAAAGAGGCGCUGGGAUCCGUUAUGAGCUAGUCGCAACUGUUUGUACUCUUGGGAAGAAAGGUUUCUUCCGCCGCCGUAAAACUGUUGUAACAUCACAAGCCACCACUAUCAUUAUCGACAAGCACGAACUCCACUCAACAUGGCCUGUAUACGCACAACCAGAAUCACGCACCGUCAAACAAGAGGGUGUACAUCUCACAGUGGAGCGCCAACGAACAUGCUUUGGACCAGGCGACCGUGUGUCGGUCAUGGGUAUCCUCAAAUGCGACUCAGUGCAUCCAAUUGUCCUCCGUGGAUUCGAGUUUUCUCUCAAGGAAACAACCAUAUUCCGUGCUAGUACUCAGACCAGCAAGCGCAGUGGUCCGCAGUCGAAAGCUGGGCUGGUUGGCGAGCAAAAGGUGCCUCUUAACGUCACGUUGUUUGGUGGCAUGCAGCACAAGGCAGAAGUUGGGUGUUUAAUCCCGAACACACAUACCACUACCACGCUCAACGCUGCGAGGCACAUUGACAUAACAUAUGCAAUCGAAGUCAAAGCGUGGUAUAAUUCGAUGCAGUCAAUUACUAUAGAGCUCCCUGUUAUCGUCUCAAACUGGCCAAGGAGCGUGUCCGAGGAAGCCGUUAGGCGUAUCGGCGUCGCCCCCAGCCUUUGUAUGACCCCAGCAAGCACUGCAGCCACGGUCCCGGCUCGCCCUCUCACCGGCAACUCACAGAUUUCCGAUUACAACUCCUCCGCUCAAGGGCAUGGGCGCACAGUCUUGACACCUCUGACCUCAACCAUCAAGUACAAUACUACACCCAACGCACAGAAUGGCGAUAACCAGCACGACGAUCUUGAAGUGGAUGAGGUCGGUGCUCUCCAGAGUCACCAGCCGCGUGUGCCGGGUACAAUAGACCACCCAGGAUACGGCUCGUCAGCGCAAAUUCCCAUGGGUAGCAUUCAGGAGGACAGCGCUCUCGCCGUGCGUCCCGUCGGUGGCUCGGGCCGCAGACGACGUGGCUCGGCUGCUGCUUCCGGGACGCAAAACCGCCUUACAAUCACUAACAUUAGUGAUCGGGAUGCAGAGGUACGGGAGGCUGUAGAACAAGCACAGAUGGCUGCCAGACAACAACAUCCAACGACGCCGCCGAUGAGAGGUCAACGUUCGUGGCUUUCCGCCGAGGAAGAGAAGAGGAAGCUGUAUGAGAGUGCAAGGGCCAAGGUUGAGCAGGUCCAGGGUAGUGCUGUCAUGGCCCUCCAAUCUAGUGAAACUUCCCCACAACCGAAAGGUUCUCCUUCGCUCCAUGCAGUCUGGCCAACAGCAGAGGAGGAGAAAGUCCGUCUGUUCGACAAAGCCCAAGCCAUUGCCAAACGUACUCAAGCACUUGGUGCCUCAAGCCACAGCCGAGAGAGUUCGGAAGUCAAUGGCUCGCCUGGACUCUCGAAAUCCUCUCGUAGUAACCCUACGAGCUACACAAGCCCCAAUGCCAGUGUGGAUGUUAGCCCAUCGCGCUCUCCCAACCCGCCCUCACCACCUCUUUCGACUUCCUCUAAGACCGUUCCACACUACCGGUCCGCUGAGGAGGAGAAGGCUACCUUAAAGCGGUACCAGGAGGCCAAGCUCGCCGUCGAUCGGAGCCAGAACACCCAGUACGCGACUCGCGAGGGAAUCUCGUCCUCAGCAGCACCCGUUGCUUACGAUACUCUCUACCCUUCAUCCAGCAUUUCUCGGAGCGCGUCGUACGGCGCACAGCCAAGUGGGUCUGAUAUGCCUCCGCCGUUUGAUGGGCCGAAUGGCCAGCCACAGUAUCUGAAUGAAAAGGAGAGGCUGAGGAGGCACCACGAGGCACAAGAUGCAGCUGCCAUGGCUGCACAAAGUUCUGCUGCCGCUGACAUGUCGCCCUCAUACACCGCUUCCCCAUUAUACUCUCCUCCCGCACGAUCCUCUACAACUAGCGCCCUGUCAGAGAAGGAACUACUCCGGAGGAGGUUUGAGGAACAAGACGCUGCAGCACUUGCCCAGCAGCAGCCUCAGUCUCCCCCUCCACGGGCCGUCAAUGGCUCACGCCUCCCUCCUACCCCCGUUACGCCUAUGAGUGGCUCAAGACCACUCACAGCAGCAGAGGAGAAGGCACAGCUACGUGCAAAAUACGCCGCCGAGGAACAGCAGGCCAAUGGCAACGUGUCCGCAUCUGCGUCAGGUUUCAACUCUCACCACCCUUCGCCAUCGGAGACUCAGGAGCAGGACGCUCGCGUGCGGUAUUACGAUAGCAUGAGCAUGGGAGUUGACAAUUCACCUAUGCGACUUGGGUCCCCGUUGGGGAAACCUGGGAUACAGCUCGACAUACGCCCGUUCACGCCAUUCAGUGUUGGGCUGUAUGACCCUGGCAGUCCUGCGGCACAGCGGCUCCCACCGCCACCUCCCUGGCCGCCGCAGAAUUGA